GGGAGGCUGCAGGGGCGGGCAGGCGGGAGGGCAGGUUGGCGUCCUCUUUCCGGCUGGUGCCCAUGGAGGCGCUGGGGAAGCUGAAGCAGUUCGAUGCCUACCCCAAGACUCUGGAGGACUUCCGGGUCAAGACCUGCGGGGGCGCCACGGUGACCAUUGUCAGUGGCCUUCUCAUGCUGCUACUGUUCCUGUCCGAGCUGCAGUAUUACCUCACCACUGAGGUGCAUCCUGAACUCUACGUGGACAAGUCACGGGGAGAUAAACUGAAGAUCAACAUCAAUGUGCUUUUUCCACACAUGCCGUGUGCCUAUCUGAGCAUUGAUGCCAUGGAUGUGGCUGGGGAGCAGCAGCUGGAUGUGGAACACAACCUGUUCAAAAAACGGCUAGAUAAGGAUGGCUUUCCCGUGAGCUCAGAGGCGGAACGUCAUGAGCUCGGGAAAGUUGAGAUGAAGGUGUUUGACCCUGAUUCCCUGGACCCUAAUCGCUGUGAGAGCUGCUAUGGUGCCGAGACGGAAGACAUCAAGUGCUGUAACUCCUGUGAGGAUGUGCGGGAGGCAUAUCGCCGUCGAGGCUGGGCCUUCAAGAACCCAGACACUAUUGAGCAGUGCCGGCGAGAGGGCUUCAGCCAGAAGAUGCAGGAGCAGAAGAAUGAAGGCUGCCAGGUGUACGGCUUCUUGGAAGUCAACAAGGUGGCGGGAAACUUCCACUUUGCCCCCGGGAAGAGCUUCCAGCAGUCCCACGUGCACGUCCAUGACCUGCAGAGCUUCGGCCUCGACAAUAUCAACAUGACCCACUACAUCCAGCACCUGUCAUUCGGGGAGGACUACCCGGGCAUUGUGAACCCCCUGGACCAUACCAACGUCACUGCACCCCAAGCCUCCAUGAUGUUCCAGUACUUUGUGAAGGUGGUGCCCACGGUGUACAUGAAGGUAGAUGGGGAGGUGCUGAGGACAAAUCAGUUCUCUGUGACCAGACAUGAGAAGGUCGCCAAUGGGCUGAUGGGCGAUCAGGGGCUUCCUGGAGUCUUCGUGCUGUACGAGCUCUCACCCAUGAUGGUGAAGCUGACGGAGAAGCACAGGUCCUUCACACACUUCCUGACAGGCGUGUGCGCCAUCAUCGGGGGCAUGUUCACAGUGGCCGGACUCAUCGACUCUCUCAUCUACCACUCGGCUCGAGCCAUCCAGAAGAAAAUUGAUCUAGGGAAGACAACAUAGUUGUCCGUCCCUUCCCCCACAAGAAGUCCCUAUUUUUCUUUGGCCUUGUGGUCAUUUUCCCAGCCUCUUACCCCACCCACCCUGCAUACCCCGUCUGCAAAGAGUCAAGUCGCAGCCCCAGGUUGGUAAAUCUGUCGAUUGUGAUAGUA